AUGGGCGCUAGCAACUCAACGAUCAAUCCCGACAUCCCUUUAUUCGCCGAGCAAUUUCCAAACAUCACCAUCAGACCUCUCCAUCUGCAAACCUCUACAGUCCCAACAGAUCGAGAGUCGAGCCAGACGGCCGCUAUUUCAUCAAGCCGCAGCCAAAACGGUAUGACUUCCUUCUCACCAGGUGACAUUUCAUCCAAGGCUUCAAUCCCGCCCAAGCGUCUGCCUCCAGUGGAAAGCCGGGAGACAGUCAGAUCACAAGCUUUCCAGAUCACCAACUGGCGGGCCGUCGAUAACUCGGACGAGAUCUAUGAGUCUGUUGAGAUCGAAAACUCGGGUUGUCCUCCCUCCCCGCCGUCAGAUACCUGUACGAAUAUCAGCUUCUCUGAUCUGGACAUAAAGCCUUCAUUGGCAGAAAUCAAUGAAGCCUUGGCCAUAUACGAGGCAGCCGCUCCGUCACAUCAUGAAAAGGCUGGUUCAUUUCUUUCUCCAAUUGAUCUAGAUCCUCCACGAGCCAACCUCAAAAAGUCUCUGAAUAAACGCUCCUUGUCUUCCUCGCCAGAGCCAAGGAAGAAACGGCGUCUCGUCCCGACGAAACGGGCUAUCGAAAUUGCUAAUCAGAAAUUCGAGAAGUUCGGUGGCAUGAGCGACUACCUCCAGAGCCAACCCAUGGCACCCCGGCCCUACACUGAGACGUACAAUCAGGAAAAGUUUGGAUUCGUCAAUCCGUUCCCCCAUGGCUUCCCUCUCUCUGACGACGAAGGUUGGUUGCGUCCAGACCCUCAUCCUGGGUCAUGUCUCUACCAAGACUCUGACCAUGAAGACGAGGGAUAUUGGUCGAACGUGGUCAGUCCGGCAAAUUCUGGUGAUGGGGAAAGUCCAGAAGAACAACAAGAACGCCUUAGCAAUCUGUUAUCGAGAUUCCACGGACACAAACCGAUAACAUCUAAAUCAUCUGCAACAACAUCCAAGGCAGAAUUGGACGAAGAGGAGCAACUCAUGCAACUGGCUCGUGAAUACAUGCACAUCUAUCAAGAGGCCGGCGUCGAGCGGAGCAGACAGCUCCGAGAGAAUGCCUUGCGGCGCCGCGGACUUCUACCGACUAUUGAAAGCGGCUCGAUGUCGGAACAAAGUAAGACAGUAUCAGACACUGAGGGGGAUAACAGCUCAAGAAACGACCUGUUUUCUGACGAUGACGGUCAGUCACAGUGUAUGGAGGACCUCUUGGACAUUGCACAAGAGCAUGUCACAAAGAACUCAAAUCCCACCCAGACAGAGGUACGCGACAAAGCGAAGAUAGAUCGGCACGUAAAGAGACCCACGGCGCAAAAUCCCGCUUCGCGUGCAGCCGCUGAGCAAUUUCGGACGCAAAGCCGACAUUUGGGUGGUGACCGUAACCCCCAAAUUGAAGACAUUGGAUCACAGACCUCGCAGUCAAGAGAGAGUCAUGAUCUUGGCUCGAUAUCUGAGGAGCUGAGUCUACAAGAAAAGGAGGAGCGCUUGCGUGAGGCCCAAAAAGCUGUUUUGACUGGGCAUGCGGCUAGGGGAAGGGUGAGCAACCCUCCCCAAGACAAUAAGUUCCCCAGGGAUGACGAGAUUAACCCUAGAGCUCGACGCAAUCAUCUUCGUGAGGAAUCCAAUGAUCGCGCGAGCUACUUGGGAUCCGCCAUGGAACAGCCGAAGGCACAAGUCAGUGCUAGUGCUGAGAAUGAGGCCAACAACAGUCCAUCCACCCGGCCCCUGUCUGGUCUUGAGAUGCUCGCAGCGAAGCGAGAAGCUGCAAUCAAACAGAAUGACGGUUCGAAUUCCCUGGAUCGACCUCUUUCGGGGCUGGAGAUGCUUGCAGCUAAACGGGAAGUUGCUAGGGGACAAAUGUCAGAAUCGAACCACCUUGAUCGACCUCUUUUCGGCCUCGAGACGCUAGCAGCAAAACGCGGUGCAUCACAUACAGAGUCUCGAGACACAGAAUCUCAGCCGAGUCAGGAAAGGUUCGCACGUCUAUCAUCGUCCAUUGUGCCCGGUUCCAAUAGAGGCUUGACCCUUCCCAAAAACUUUGACCAAUUCUCAGAAGAACAGAAAGAAGUGGUUGUCCAGCACGAGAUCGCAAAGGAAAGAAAGAGAGACUUGGACGCUCUUGGGAGUGUGUUCUGGACAUUCGCACAGUUACGCUGCUUUGCAGACCGUGAAAUAACCGAGAGAACCAUGCAGAUAGAGACAAAUGAGCUUUACGACAUUGGGAAGUUUAUUGCUCUCGUGAUUGAGCAGGGAAAGCCGGGCAAGAUGCGAAGGACACGAGUACAAGACAUCCGCGACAACAUCCGAAGACGCGUGCAAAAGGCAGCAGAGAACGAAAAAGAGCCUAGCGACGUUGCGAUCAUGACCGAAAUGAGACGGACCUUCAGCCGAAAGCAUAUCGACUUUAUAAACGAUGAAACGCCCAAAGUCCAAGAGGAAAUCGACCGUUGGGGUGUGCUACGGAGUGAACGCAAAUCCAAGCGGCAUGUCGCUCGGCCGAAAGAAACCAGGAGAAAUGAAUGGCCGAAAGAGCGCACGGAAGAGAAGGGCAGGAACAAACAAGUCCGAUUUGCAGAGCACGAGACAAAGGUUGCCCAGAAGAAGCGGCCCAAGAGUAAGGCGAAGACAAUCGAGAACCGACAGUCGCAAUCCGAACUCCAAGAGAAGCUUAUCGAAAAGCUUAGGGCUCAACUGAAGCUCUUUGAGACGGCCGAACAGGAAGAAGUAGCGGAUCUCCAAAGCCGAGUUGCCGAGAUCGAAGCAGAGCUUGAGCGCGCGACUCAACACGAUGACGACGAUGAAAGUGAAGAAGACGAUGGCGCUGAAUUUGUCUUUGGAGCCGGACAGAACGCCACAUCGAUGCCGAGGACAUCCCGCGUAGCGGACAGCCAAACUUUUCAGGGAUCAAAUAUGUGGAAUGAGCAGGAUAUCGAAGAUGGGUGCCAGAGAGACACAGGCAUGCAUAUACCAGCAACUAGCCAGCAAAAGGUUGAUCCCGAACUGCUCAAGCAGAUGCGCCUUAAAAAGAGCCAGCCAACACAGAGCCAAGGUUUCGAUCCCGAGCUUUUACGACAGAUGCAGCUCAGGAAACAGCAGCAGUUGGAGGCAGCGACAGACUCUACGGUUAUUGAUCGCGCGACAGCAGGCGAGUCAGACAGUGAGUCCGAGACGAUGCAUGAGAACAAUUCUGACGAAGACGAAGAAGACGACGACGAAGAAGAAGAAGACGAAGAUCGGCAGGUUUUCAGGUACACCGUCUGGGGCGUCUUCGUAGGUGUUGAGAUUUACAAGGACGCCGACCACUACUACUUCAUGAAGACAUACAACGCCAAACAGGCGCAGAAGAAAGUCCUAGAGAUCAUCGAGGGUAUUAACGGCUAUGCCAGGUCGGAGAAAGACAUCGAACCGAGCCAAGUGAACGUGAACACGAAGCUGCACUACGAGCUGAUAGAGCAGCACCUUGUUGUUGGCGAAGAUGCCACGAUCGAGGCGCGGGUAUGGAUCGAGCGAGAUCUGGUGGACCUAAAAAAGAAAGUGUUCCGUGCUGCAAAGCGCCAGCGAGCCGUGAAACAAGCCGCGACGUUUGCGGUCCGCUGGGAAAAGACAACCACUCCAAUCAUGGACAGCGCUGUUGAAGAGAUCAAGACUGCGACCGCGACCGCGACCGCCGAAAGCGACGGGCUCGACGACCUGUUUGAAGAGUCUGCAGAGGACAUAGCCAAGGCCGCCGCCGCCGCCGCAGCCGCCGCGGCGCCGGUGACGACAUCCAUCCCACACGACGACGUGGAGCUCUUCACGACGCCGAUCCUGGCAAACCGGCACGCCAAGGACGUGUACCUCGCGUGGCACAACACUUUCCUGCCCGGCUGGCGGAACGAGGGCUACCGACGGCUCGAGGACGAGUCGAUGGAGGAGUACCUCGAGACGCUGGGGAGUUGGGGCCUGUUCGCGCGCGAAGAGAGCUUUGAGCGCGUCGAGGCCGACAAGAGCAACGGCAACGGUGCAGCGCAGAGGCGGGUCGAGGAGACGUUCAAGGUGUGGGUCAAGAAGAUCCCGGUCAAGGGGCCGGGGAAUUGA